AUGCGCGAUGGCGAUCGAGUUGUGGAUGAGGGAGGCAAACAUGGGGAUGGCGACGAAGAAGGUUCCGAUGAACAGGAGGAUGCAGCAGAUGAGGGAGGCAAACAUGGGGAUGGCGACGAAGAAGGUUCCGAUGAACAAGAGGAUGCAGCAGAUGACGAAAAUGCGACAGGCGCGGCGACUCGAAAGAAAGCAGAAAGCCUCUCCGGGGCGGUGACCUCAGUCACGGACGUUACCAUUGGCCUGUCGUGGCUGCAGCCAAUCGCCUCCGCAUGCAGGCCGAAAAGUGCCAGACUCACAACUGCAUGGUAUCUUGGCCUGCUGUCACCGUCUCCUUCGACAUUCGCCUUCCCAACGACCACCCUAUCGUUUUAG